AUGGAGGACAAAUGGCCAACGAUCGAAAAAGAUUUAGAAAACGCUUUGAUAGAUUUUUGGUCACUCGAUUGUCUAGAUGUCGUUUUUAUGAUAAAGAAAAACAAUUCAUCUGAUUACAGUGCAUUUACUUAUGAUCCUUUUGUGACUUUAAAUAACAAAGGAAAUGUUGAUGAGAUGAAAUCCACAGAAUUGUUGUUUCCCAUUAAGCUCAAUAAUUUACAUCAGUAUCCAAUUUCGGUGUCUAUGUAUCAAGCUAAGCCGACGUCAGUUAAUUUAUCAAAUUUCACGUCUUUGAUCGGCGCUCGAGGCAUUGAUGUCGAAGCAAUAAGAUAUCUUUCAACGUGGAUCAAUUUUACUAUAGUACUUAAAAGUGCAGAUGUGUCUUUGUCUGGGUACUCGUUGAUGCUGCCAGACGGGACAGUUAUUGGUCCAGUUGGUGACAUUAUUCAAAAUCGAUCUGAAAUUUUGGGAAACCCGCAGAUAGUAAAUUCGGUGAUUGAUAGAGAUGUUGAAUUUUUAAGACCUUUUGGACGUUCAUCGAUGAUGAUUGCCGUUCCCAAAAGUGAUUAUAUGCCAGGCAUUGCUAGAUUAUUUCGCACUGUCGACCAUUAUCUAACAGUAUCUAUUUUGGUGGCAUGGGCGUUUUUGAUGUUAUGUCUAUUCAUUAUUGGUAACCCUGAUCCAAUACUUGAAACCUUCAGGAUUAUAAUACAUCAACACUGUCAUAAUAUAAGGGAUAGAGUGUCUGAACGUAUUUUUUUGAUAAGCUGGAUUAUAUGGGCUUUUAUUUUGGCAUCGGCGCAUCAAGUUUACUUGAUGAAAGCACUUACGGAUCCUCCUUAUUAUCCGAAUAUUAACACCCUAGAUGAAUUCGUUGAGAGUGAUCUGACAGUUGUUCUUGAUCCCAUUGUCUACCAUUCAUUGAAUUACUCAGAUUCUAUUUUGUACAGAAAAUUAAUUGAUAAAGCCGAAGUGGGAUUCAAUUUUGAUGCAUGCUUAAAGAGAUUGAUGAUCAGCGAACAAGUCGCUUGUGUUACAGAACAAUCAAUAAUUGACUACCAAGUGUUAACUUUGAAUAAGAAAGUUUUGUCGAAGAAAAGAAGAAACGCAAAAACUCAAGGGCAUAUUGUCAAGAGUCCUUUAUCUACUUUUUGGACAACUUUGGUGGUCAAAAAAGGAUUCCCUUACUUGGAUAAAUUCAAUAGAGGGUACCAAAACAUUAUUGAAUUUGGAUUGAUCAUAAAAUGGCACAAUGACAUUACCCGAGGACUCUUCAGGCCACAGAACGAAUUUAUGGGCCCAUUGAAUAUAGUCCACUUUGAAGGAAUUUUUAAUAUUCUUAUGAUCGGAAUGGGUAUUACUCUAGUAGUUUUUAUCGGAGAAAUAGUUGUUAGUUAUAUUAAAUAUAAGACAAUGAUAAAGUGAAACUAUCUAGAUUGUUAUCAUACAUUUUAA